UUUUGCUGGCUGUUGUCGCUGUUGUUGCUUCUUGAUUCUUCACUAAUUUGUUGUAGUUUAAUUAUUAAUCACUAUGUGCAGUUUAAUAUUUCAUAAGUAAAUAAGCGUUAGAUGGCAACCGCUGUAGUGUAGCCACAAACCGACUGUAGAGAAUAAGUAAAAGUGAAUUUGUGAUGAUAGUUGAUUUGAGUAUUCGUUGGUUAUCUUAAGUGCGUCAAAAUGAGUGGAGGGAAAGGUUUCGGGUUCGCCGGGUUCACGAUGCCGAAGCGGAACCCUUCGAACGUAUCCCUGCAUGCUGUGCCGCCCCCUACGACGCCAAUGCACGCGGUGCCUCCGCCCAGCGGCUUGUCGAAGCAGGGCUACUCGACGAUGAAUGCCAUCACUCAGAACGCGGUAACCGGGAACUGGGGCACGAUCGGGAAGAAGCGGGCGAAGACCGAGGAUGAGUAUUUUGAUGAAGAUGAUGAGCCACCAACUCCAGCCCUCGCUUACAUUCCUGCACCCGGCAGCCCCACCAAUGAAGCCAGCAGUUCUAGAGCAGAUGAUGAAGAGGAGGACCCACUGGACGCGUACAUGGCGGGGCUGGAGCAGCAGGCAGCUCGGGACCUGAAGAGCAGCAAAGAGAACGCGGUCACUGGGAAGGGGGACGGCGCGCGCGGCACAAGGGGGGAUAUUGACGAGAUGGAUGACGAGGAGAGCUAUUAUAAAUACAUGGAAGAAAAUCCACUCACAACGGCAGAUGAUGGCUCAGACGUAGAAAUAGAAUAUGACGAAGAUGGCAACCCCAUACCCCCUCCAAAGAAGAAAAUCAUAGAUCCCUUGCCACCCAUCGAUCACUCUGAGAUACAGUAUGAGCCCUUUGAAAAGAACUUCUAUACACCACAUGAGGAUAUAGAGAAGUUAGAUCAGCAACAAGUUGAGGAGCUGAAGAAGAAUCUAGGAGUAAAGAUUUCGGGGCCCGACCCACCGCGACCGGUCAGCAGUUUCGCGCACUUGGGCUUCGACGAGCAACUCAUGAAAGCGAUCCGACGCUCAGAAUACACUCAGCCAACGCCCGUGCAGGCCGCUGGUGUGCCCGCGGCCUUAUCUGGACGAGACCUUAUCGGUAUCGCACGCACGGGUUCCGGUAAAACGGCGGCGUUUCUGUGGCCUCUCCUGGUGCACAUCAUGGACCAGAAGGAGUUGGCCCCUGGAGACGGCCCCAUUGGCCUCAUACUGGCACCCACGAGGGAGCUGGCACAACAGAUUUAUAUGGAGGCGAAGAAGUUCGGCAAAGUGUACAAUAUCAGAUGCGUGUGCUGCUAUGGUGGUGGAUCGAAGUGGGAACAGACCAAAGCGUUAGAAGGCGGAGCGGAGAUCAUAGUGGGCACUCCUGGGCGAGUGAUAGACCUCGUCAAGUGUAAGGCCACGGACCUACAGCGAGUCACAUACCUUGUGUUGGAUGAGGCUGAUCGGAUGUUUGAUAUGGGCUUUGAGCCGCAGGUGAGGUCGAUCUGCAACCACGUGCGGCCGGACAGACAGGCGCUGCUGUUCUCCGCAACGUUCCCGCGGCGCGUGGAGAAGCUGGCUCGCGACGCGCUGCACGACCCCGUGCGCGUGCAGCACGGCGCGGCCGGGGAGGCCUGCCAUCUUGUAGCGCAGCAUGUGCGAAUAUUCAACAAACCAGAAGAGAAAUGGCCUUGGUUAUUAGAAAAUCUAGUCGACUUCCUUUCUUCUGGAAGUGUGUUAAUAUUUGUAACUAAAAAGUUGGAAGCAGAACAAACGGCAGCAAAUCUAGGAGUGCAGCAAUACGAUGCGCUGUUGUUGCACGGAGAUAUGGACCAAGCUGACAGGAACAAGGUCAUAACCGCCUUCAAACGGCAAGAGUCCAACAUACUAGUAGCCACUGACGUUGCUGCCCGUGGUCUAGACAUCCCGCACAUCCGUACAGUAAUCAACUACACGGUGUCCCGGGACAUUGACACACACACGCACAGAGUGGGCAGGACGGGACGCGCGGGCGUGCGUGGCAACGCGUACACGCUACUCUCGCGGGACAAGGACAAGGACUUUGCGGGACACCUGCUGCGGAACCUCGAGGGCGUGCAGCAGGAGGUGCCGGAAGAGCUCGCGCAUUUGGCGAUGCAGUCCUCGUGGUUCCGCAAGUCACGCUUUAAGAAGGGCAAGGGAAAGAACCUCAACAUUGGCGGCUGCGGACUGGGGUACAAGGAGCGGCCCGGCCUGCCCGCGUACAACGACGAAGCCCCACUGGCCAUCGCAGCCCCGGAGAAAACCGGCGGCCCUGCCACCGAUCGCCUCUCCUCACUCAAGCAGGCCUUCCGCUCGCAGUACAACCAGUUCACCGCGUCAUCGGACCACUCGUGGGAGCAGACGCGGCCGGCUCUGGCGCCCGGCGUCAACGAACCCGCGGCCGCUGACGAGUCAGAUGACCGGCCCGAGCGCGUGCGCAAGAGCGGCAAGCGAAGCCGCUGGGAGUGAUGUACAUACUGUAUACACUGCUGAUGUAAUAAAUGUAUUAUGUUGACGUG